AAUCUGCAUCCCCAAGCCCUAAUUCCAACCCCUCAAUUUGAGCCGAUUUACACGAUUUGCAGCGGAGGAAAUGAGGGAAGAGCAAAUCGAGAAGCUGCGAGGCGUGGUCCGCGACUGUGUGAGCAAGCAUCUCUACUCGUCGGCGAUCUUCUUUGCCGACAAGGUGGCGGCGGUGACGGCGGACCCUGCCGACAUAUAUAUGCAGGCGCAGGCGCUCUACCUUGGCCGACACUACCGCCGCGCAUUCCACCUCCUCAAUGCGUCGCAAAUCGUCCUUCGCGACCUUCGUUUCCGCUACCUAGCUGCCAAAUGCCUCGAAGAACUGAAGGAGUGGGAUCAAUGCCUGUUGAUGCUUGGUGAUGGUAAUGUGGAUGAGCAUGGUAAUAUUAUUGACACAAAGGAGUGCAGUAGCAUGUACCUGGAUAAAGAUGGCGAAGAUCGUGAAAUCAAUAUUAUAUCGGCGAUAUGCUUUUUAAGAGGCAAGGCAUAUGAGGCCUUGGAAAAUCGCUCACAAGCUCGUUUAUGGUACAAAGCCGCCAUUAAAGCCGAUCCUCUAUGUUAUGAGGCCUUGGAAUGUCUUAUAGAGGGCCAUAUGCUCACUUGCGAAGAAGAGACCAAUCUACUUGCAACCUUGCAAUUUUCUCCUAAAGAUGGAUGGCUAUCUUCAUUUUAUUCAUGCCUGGUAAAGAAGUAUGAGAAAGAAAAUGUUGUUGAAACCAAAUUUAAAGAACUCGAGGUCGAAGUUGCUAAUACAAAGACGCCUGGGAAAUCAUUAUGUACUCUGAAGAACAACACUGAUCUCUUAGCCUGCAAAGCUGAAUACUACCACCAGUGUGGUGAAUACCAAAAAUGUUUUGAACUAACGUCUAUAUUGCUUGAAAAGGACCCUUUUCACCUGAAGUGCACCCUAGUGCAUUUAGCAGCAGCGAUGGAGCUUGGGCAUUCUAAUGAACUCUAUCUGAUGUCGUGCAAUUUAGUCAAGGACUAUCCUCAAAAAGCUUUGUCAUGGUUUGCUGUGGGUUGCUACUACUACUGCAUAAAAAAGUAUGACCAGUCACGUCGUUAUUUCAGCAAGGCAACAAGUUUAGAUGGAACAUUUGCUCCGGCUUGGAUUGGAUAUGGGAAUGCAUAUGCAGCCCAAGAAGAAGGAGAUCAAGCAAUGUCAGCUUACCGCACUGCUGCACGUUUAUUUCCUGGGUGCCACUUGCCUUCACUAUACAUUGGAAUGGAAUACAUGCGAACCCAUAGUUUUAAACUUGCUGAGCAGUUUUUCAUGCAGGCCCAAGCCAUAUGUCAUUCGGAUCCACUUGUGAAUAAUGAGCUUGGAGUUGUGGCUUAUCAUAUGAAGGAGUAUAAGAAUGCCGUGUGGUGGUUUGAGAAGACACUGGCUAAUGUACCAUCAUCUUUAAGUGAGAUGUGGGAGCCAACUUUAGUCAACCUUGCUCAUGCAUUGAGAAAGUUGAAGAGGUACAAUGAGGCAAUUGUGUACUAUGAGAAAGCACUCGCAUUAUCAACAAGAAGUUUAAGUACAUACGCUGGGCUUGCAUACACCUAUCAUCUACAGGACAAUUUCACAGCAGCAAUUACACACUAUCACAAGGCUUUAUGGAUAAAAUCCGACGAUCAAUUCUGCACGGAGAUGCUGACACUGGCCCUUCAAGACGAAUGCCAACUUGAUACAAACCCUAAAGUUGGGACAGUUAGAAGCCAGUUGUUUACUUGAAUGGAUUAUAAAUCUUUGUAUUGUUAAUUAUGUAGUCGUUUCGAUAUGUAAGCAUACACAUUCAUAGAGAGAAUAGCUCGAACUGUAACAUAGGGCCAUAUUUAAUUUGUGGUUAUCCUCUUUUUUUUUUUGUAGCAGUAGUAGUAGUUUAUUGGGUGGCUUUGCAUUUGUUAGACCUAUAAAACAAUUUCUAUAGCUCAUUGUGAAAUGGAGUACAUAAGUUUAAUAGCCA